GAAAUUACAUUUGAGGCAAAAUCUUGCCAAGCUAAAAAUAUCCUGGAGGGGUUCAUAUCCAGGGUAGAUCUAGAGCAGGGAGAAGAUAUUGCGAACCUACUUUCCUCGGAGAAACAAAAAUUAGUCACGGCAGAAUCAGGAGACAAUCUAGGAUUUGCAAGUUUCUCCGAGGCGUGUGUCUCAAUUGUACUCAAACAUCUAGAUGUAUGUGGAGUUGCUAAAACAAACCUUGAAGAUUUUAUAAGCUCGCAUCUUCUUAUCGAAGCUCCUGCAGUACUUAAACAAUACCCGUCAAGUAAACCUUUUAGGAUAAGUGAACAUAAAGUUCAGGUUCUCCUGAGAUGUGAACUAUACUGGCUCCUGGCUAAACAAGAAGAACAAACCAAGUUUGAGAGAACUAUUCUUGAUCAUCUCAGACAAAUUUCAUUCCAGUCCUCUCCUCUUCAUAUGAAGGAAUUUCUUCAGAAGGUUUUGUUGGAUUGUUAUAUUGAUCGGGAACCUGAUCUUCUCUGUAGUCUGUAUGACGAGCUAGACCAGGAUAGACCGAAGCAGCUCACUUCAAUCUUCAGUCCUGAACCUAAAAGUGCUGCUCCGAGCAGUAAUAUCUCUCAUGUAUCUAGUGUCUCACAGUCUAGUAAUCAGCAGCAGGAGACGAAAAGUACAGGAAGAAGAAUUCCCUUGGCUAGACCGAAAAGUUUUGAUGCCAGUCUUAAUCGUCAGAUAAAUAUCUCUGCAGGAGGAUUACGUAGAAACAAGUGUAGAGGAGGGGAGGAUAAACCCUCUAAACCCCAGCAGAGACUCGGAGUUGUCGCUAAACCUAGAGGAGUAAAAGCUGCGGUUGGAACCCAACCUGCUGGAGCUGUGAGAAGAAGUAGUGCUUUAGCUCAUGGAGCAGCUGGCAGGAGAAGCAGCAUCAAGAAAGCUGUCGCAACCCUGACCAAACCUGUAAGAAAAUCUGUGCAACAAGCGCGUAGAAAUCUAUCAUUCGACAAAUCUCCUAAGAAAAAAAUCGCGACUCCUCAAAAGAAAUCGCGUAUGACGCCGAUAAAGCUUACGCCGGCAAAAAGACACCGAAUUCUUAUUCCUGAAACUCCGUCUAUCAAAAACUUGCGGAGAAAAUCUGACGGGAACCGGAGUAUCUCAGAUACUCCAGACAAGAAAGUCUCUUCUUAUCUAAAUAUUACAGGAACUCAGUCCGAGUUCUAUUCUGAUAAUAGGUCUCGAAAUAUGUCCAAAUAUGAAAAUGUGUUGAACGCUUCGCUUCUUGUCAGUUCAGCCCAUUUAGCAAGGCGUGAUUCUGAUGAAAGUGUUCAGUCGAUUAAACAUGUCGUAUUCGCUCAUCAAUUCAAUUCAAGAAAGAGGAAGCGAGGAGAGGAUGAGGAGGAUGGAGAGGAUGAAGAGGAUGGAUCUGCCAAGAUUUUAAGAUCUUCAUCUCAAGAUGAACUUUGCGGACGAACUAGGAAACGAAUCUUCUCUGCUAGUGAUGAAGACACUCUGAUAAUUGAGAGAACUCCGAAGAAGCACCUUACGCCUGACUUUUUCUGUCCGGUCAAAGAUUUGAAUAGUGGUCAAGGUCGGAAACGACUCCGUCUUGCAUCAAUAUCUGAUAAUGUUAAGUCUUGUGUGACGCCUAUAAAAACUUCGUUAUUGUUUGGAGGAGAGGAUGUUUCUCCUGCUAAAAGAGUUUCCUUCAAUAUUGCUCAUAUUCCUGCAACCCCUAAACGAGUAGGAUAUCACGCUAGAGGUAUUCUGAAAACACCGUCCAAAGAUACGCCCAAGAAAGGUUCACUCUUCUCUCCGAUGAAGUCUGCUUCCAAGAACACCCCUAGUAAGAUAACCUGGGUUAGUCUGACUCCAAGGAAAAGUCCAGGCCGACGAUUAGACAGAUUAAGUUCGUCUGCUAGAGUAAUAGAUCUCUCUAGUGCGAAUACUCCGGAGAAAGCUCAACCUAAAUGUCAGAACUCACCAAUUCUUACCUCCUCUAAAAAAAACAUGACUGAGAAACUCAUUACACCGGAGAAACUAGAAAUUAACUUUCCAACUUCUCCUAUUAUUAGUUCCUCCAAAAAGUCUCAAGUUAAUAAGAAUCGAACUUUAUCAGAUCCGGAUUUGACCGGAUUCUCUACACCAUCCCCUAGGUUAUUCAACCAGCUGCACUCCCUUGCUGAAGUGAAGUUGACAAGUUUGAUUAUGUCGGACAGCGAGGAAUCUAUUAACCUGGACUCGGUUCAUCAACACAUGAAAGAUUUCGACGACUCAUCUGACGAAGAAAGUUUUGAUGAGAAGGUUUCAUCUAACAUCAAAGCUUCCAUGGAAAAUUCUGGAACUCCAACUAAGGUUCAAAUAUUAACAAAUCAGUGCAUCGAGUUCGUUUCUCCAAGAAAACGUAAUCUAGAAUUUGAUGAGACGGAAGAAGACUUGUCCGAAUUAACAGAAAAAUCUGUUAGCAAAUCAGAUCAGCGCCAAGAAAAGAAGAAACCUUCUCUACCGCCGAAGAAGAAAGAGCAGGACGUUUUGAAUGACGAGCUUGCAACUUAUUUUUCUCCGACCUCUAAGAAAAGACAAACUAAGGUUCGCCAGGAUCUUCAAGAUAACCUGGCAAUAGCAACUGUUAUAAAAGCUGAUAAAAGAGAGAACGCACAUCGACGAAGAUCUAGGACAGCUCUUCCCAUCCUAUCCAACCUUGAAAAAGAACAGAAAAAUAAUCUAAAUGAUCUAAAAAAUCUAAAUAACAAGGAAAAUAAUAUAUCAGCGAGUAAUAUGAAAACUCUUCAGAUUCCUGAGCAUAUUACUGAGGCUAGCUCUAGUUCAGUAACUACAGCAAAGGAUAAAAGUACAGUCUCUAAUUGCAAAGAACUAGCAGGCCUUUCUGAUGAGUUAACAAACUACUUCUCUCCAGUACAAGAUAAUAACCGCAGACCUCAGAGGCUGGGUGAAUCUUGUGUGGGCGUUGCCAGCAUACCAGCUGUUCUCAGCUCCGACCCUGAGCUUAAGUUUGAACCUGAUUUGUCAAAAUAUGAUUCUUCAUUGUCUGAAGAGGGAGAUGCUACUCUUCCCAACAAAUCUGAAACCAAGAUUGAUAUCAAUGAUAUUCUUAACAGUGAUUGUUUUAUGCAGUACAGUCUCAACUACAACACGGUAAACCGGAGAUCUAUCGAGACCUCCGAACCCAAGAUUAAAGAGAAGAAAAUUAAAGUGAAAACAAAGAAACUUGAGACUGAACCUCCCUCUUCCAAAACCCUAAUUUUAGACAGUUUUAUUAGGUUCAAGUGCAAAACCUGCGGAGAAAGGUUUCGUAAUAAGAAGACGUUUAAAACUCAUGAAAAAGAUUGCUCAGACACAGAGCAAACCUUGGAAUGCUCAAAAUGUUUACAAGGUUUUCAGAAAAGUAAACAAUUAAGAUCCCACGAGAAAAUGUGCACAAUGCGGAAAGAAGUAAAACCUGAAACGAAACUAAGAAUUUUACAAUGCAUCUUUUGUAAUGAAACCUUCAGCAGUAGGCGGAAACAUAAGGCGCAUACUGAAACCUGCUUUGUUGUCGAGCCAAGCUUGGAAUGUUCAAAAUGUAUACAACGUUUUCAGGAAAUUAAACAGUUAAGAUCCCACGAGAAAACGUGCUCUAUAAGGAAAGAAGUAAAACCUGAAACGAAACCAAGAAUUUUACAAUGCAACUUUUGUAAUGAAACCUUCAGCAGUAGGCGGAAACAUAGGGCGCAUGCUGAAACCUGCUUCGUUGUCGAACCUAUGUUGAAGUGCGAGUAUUGUGCUGAAAUAUUUAAAGAUCCCCAGAAGCUGUCGUCUCAUGAAAAAUCUUGUUCAGGUUUAUUCCCUACGUCUUCCUCGAAAACUGAGAGUUUAAAGAAGGACAUAUCUUCAACCCCAAGAGAUGAAAAACGACAAGAUUUCUCCAGAAUUAGAUCCGGAGAAGUUUCAGAGUGUUCAGUUUCGUUGGAAACCAUCCAGAGCAAGCGAAAGUUUAGUGCACAUGGCGAAACCUGUUCCGAGCGUAGGCUAAGUAAGAAAAGAAAAAAUAAUUCUAUAUUGCAAUCUGAAGAUAUUCCAUGGAUGGAGUGUAAAUAUUGUGCUUUAGUAUUCAAGAGUGAAAUGAAGCUUUUAUCUCACGAGAGUUCUUGUAUCGACUCAUUCCUUGAUGUCUCUUUAAAAUCAAGGACAAAGCUGUCCCGCGAAGCCGAUCAUUCUCCGAUAAGGAAAAAUAGAAAGGACGAGGAUGAUUCUAAUAAUGAGUUUGGUACUCCCAGCAGAAGAUCAGGUCGAUCUAGGAUUCCUGUAUCCUAUGAAGAACCAAUUAUAGAAAUAGAUAUCUCUGAUGAAACUAGUCCGGAGGAAACUCUGCCAAAAAAGAAAAAAUUCAUUCUUGCAUCUACUCCAAAUCCAAUCAAGAACGAUUCGAGAUCUAGUUCAUUACACCGUAGAAGCAGUACUAUUCUCCCCGUUAUCUCCAGUGCUAAACCACCCUCGGAGUCUAACCUGAGACAAUCAGUUCUUAAACUGAAAACCUUAGAUGAUUCAGCAGAGAUGAAAGAUUUAACCUCAAGUAGCGGGUCAUCCUCUGAUACGGAUACGUCCCGAUCUUCUCCUAACCCCAUGGGAAAGUUCUUCUCUAUCGGAGGAAUGGAGGCUAGUCCUGCCGGAGGAUUCAAACUCAAACUUAACAGAGUUGCUAAACCAAUACCCUUAAAUAAGAAAUCGUCCAAUAAAGACAAAUUAAUGCCGUCUAUGGCUGAUUACUUCAUGCCUCGUGUAUCUCGAAGCGUCUCCAAGGAUAUCGGGAUUUCUCCGCAGAAACUUGCGAAGAUUAUCAUCGACUCACCAAAGAGAGAAAAGCAGAAGGUUGAGAGCUGUUCUAAUACAUCUUCUCUCUCUCCCGGAGACACCCUGAGCACUCCGAAUAAAGAGAACCAGAUAGAGAUAGAGAGUGGAGUGAACCGAACCCCUAAAAUAAGAAUUAAACGGAUCAAGGCUCAGGACCCAUUGAAGGAACAAGAUAGUAACUUGUGGAUGGCUGAGACUGUGGUUUCUCCGGUAAAGAGAAUGAAGUCUCCGAAAAAGAAAGUCUCAUCUCCGGAGAAACGGUUCUCUCGACGGAAUGAUUCUCCAAAGAAGAACGGAUCAUGGUCUCCGGCCAGGUUCGGAGCAGGAUUAUCCACCAUUAGUUCAUUUUCUCCUCUCACAUCUUCAAGUAUUCAUAAACUCUCAACAUCUCCUCUUAUCUCGACACAGGUUGAUCCUCCCACUGGAUCCAGGAGUAAACUUUCAAAGAAGAAAGUAAAUAAACAACUAUAUUCAUGAACAUACUUCUUCCUUCAUGAACAUACUUCUUCCUUCUUUCGUCAUGAACAAGUUAAACUGCAAUCAGCUUUGUGUCGAAUUGUUGUCGAACUUCAAAACAAGAUCGACACCAAAAACUAUUGGCGAAUAUUAUCAUGAACCUUCUAUGUCUUAAAUUUGUCAACCUAACCUUGUAUGAUUUUUAAUUGUAAUCAAAAAAAAUGUGAAAACGUAAAUUCUUCAAGUCUGACAUGUUUUAGGUAUUUGUAAUUAUAUUGACUAUUGUGAUUAAAUCUUGAUAUUUAAACAGUAAAUUGUAAUUUCUUUAAAAUAAGUAAAACAAUAUUUUAUGUUAAGAACUGUUUGCUGUUUUUAGUCUAUUUCAAAUACAAUUUAGAAAAUUGCAAA